AUCAAGGUGUCCACUCUCCAGUCCAAUGCACAAACCAUGACUAUCGUCUCCGUUAGAUAGAUUGGACCUUUCAGAUUCAUCUCAGAACCUAUUACAUUUCAUUACCACAAAACCAUGAAUACCGCCGCCUUUAAGGUUGCUGUGGUGGGAGGUGGAAUUUCAGGAGCUGUGUGUGCAUCUACACUCGCCAGAAAUGGAGUUUCAGUCAUUCUCUUUGAGUCAGCUAGAGGCCCUGGUGGUAGAAGAGAGAAAACUGAAGAUGGGAAGGAGCUGAGCUUCGACCAUGGGGCUCCAUUUUUCUCGGUUAGCAAGCCUGAAGUGCAGUCUAUUGUUCAAGAGUGGGAGUCAAAGGGUCUUGUAGCUGAAUGGAAAGAAGAGUUUGGCUCGUUUGAUUUCCACACUCGUAAAUUUAACAAUAUAGAGCAGCAGGUAGGAUUCAGCAAGAGAUUUGUUGGUGUUCCAGGCAUGAACUCGAUAUGUAAAGCAUUAUGCAAUGAAAGUGGUGUGGAAAGUAAGUUCAGGGUAGGUAUUGGAAAAGCUGAAUGGUUGGAUGAUGAGAAAUUGUGGUCAUUGACGGGUGUGGACGGACAAAAUCUUGGUCAGUUUAAGGGGCUCGUUGCAUCAGACAAGAAUAUAGUCUCUUCUAGAGUCACAGAAGUCACAGGACAGCCGCCACCACUUGAUUUCAGUUUGGUGCCAGAGUUGUCGGCAAAAUUGCAGAAUCUUCCUGUUCAGCCAUGUUUUGCUGUGAUGCUGGCAUUUGCAGAGCCUCUGUCAUCAAUACCAUUCAAAGGCCUCUCUUUCGAAAAUUCUAAGGUCUUAAGCUGGGCGUAUUGUGAUAGCUGCAAGCCAAACCGUGAGACCACGAGUGAAAGAUGGGUUCUUCAUUCAACAACAGAAUAUGCUGAGGGUAUAAUUUCUCAAACUGGAAUGAAGAAGCCCUCAGAUGCGACACUGAAUAAAGUAGCCGAACAACUUCUCCAAGAAUUCCAGAGUACUAGAAUUCACAUACCUGAACCCUUUUUUAAGAGAGCACAUAGAUGGUAA